GCUUCUCAGCUGCUCCCACGACGGCGUGCGAGCAACAGUGUUUGUGUUGGCGUGCCGCGCGGCGCCGCCGGUAUUUGUUUGACGACACGAGCGCGUCUGUUUGGAUCGUCGUCGUCGGUGUUGUGGUGCUGGUGGUUGUGUUGUGCCGGUGACGUGCUACUGCCCCCGAACGGAUAGCGAGCGUCCCGCCCGCGAUGCGUGCGUGCCGACAGCGUCGCGCCUAGAGAAUCCGUCUCGUCCGUUCCGACUGACCACAACAGAGCAGCGUGGUGCCAUGAGCGUGCUCGUCGAGCUCGCGACGAGCCCGAGCAGGCUUCGUCGCCGGACCACGGACUUGUCCGAGCUUGCACGAGGAGACCGCAAGGCGACGUCCGCUGGCCACAACAACAACAACAGCAUCGAGGUGCCGGAGUACAUUGUGGAUCCAGAGACCAAGAUCACGUACCUCAAGGGCAAGUUUCUCGGCAAGGGAGGCUUUGCCCGGGUGCACGAGCUCACGGACUUGACGACGAACCGGGUGUACGCCGGCAAGAUCAUUCCCAGGUCCAGGCUCAACAGGCCCUACCAGAAAGAGAAGAUCCUCCGUGAGAUUGACCUACACCGCCCCUUGGUGAACAAGAAUGUGGUGCGACUUCACGGCUUCUUUGGAGACUCGGAAAACAUCUACAUCAUCCUGGAAUACUGCCCCCGCAAGUCGCUGGUGCACCUGCUGAAGCAGAGGGGCCAGCUGACGGAGUCGGAGGUGCGCCACUUCAUGCGCCAGUUGGCCGAGGGGGUGCAGUACACGCACGGCCAGGGGGUGGUGCACCGGGACCUCAAACUUGGCAACAUGCUGCUCGCCGAAGACCUCAGGCUCAAGAUCGCAGACUUCGGUCUGGCCACACGGCUCACCUCCGAAGUCACCAAGAAGUAUGCCGUAUGUGGCACGCCCAACUACAUAGCGCCGGAGGUGCUCAAGAUGCAAGGUCACGGAUUUGCCGCCGACGUCUGGGCCAUGGGUUGCAUCAUGUACGCGAUGCUGGUGGGCUACCCGCCCUUCGAGACGUCUACGCUGAGUGAGACGUACCAGCGAAUCAUGCGCAACGCCUACACCAUCCCGCCCUCGCUGUCCGAGCCCGCCCGGCAGCUCAUCGCCGCCAUGCUGCAUCCGGACCCGGAGUCCCGGCCCAGCGUGGCACAGGUGCUGCAGCACCCCUUCUUCACCGACGUCUCCGUGCCGGACCACCUGGCCACCAGAACCGUUGCAAGGUUGUCUCCGACCGAGGAGUGUGACGGAGCACACUCCCAGGAGACGCUGAAGGUGACUGCACUGGUGUCCAAGCUCCAGGUGCAGCCGCAGCAGAAGAAGCCUUACACGCUGGACUCCAGCAAUCACAAGCCUCAAGCCAAACCUGCGGACACCGCACCUGCCUCCAAGGCGGAGCCAACGCCUACCAAGACAAUGCACGGGGGGCUCAUGAUGACCCUCAGUCGUGUCCUCUGCCCUGAAAAACGCUCAAGAACCAAGUCUAGUCCCACCCUUGUCCUCCACAAGCUGCUGCUGGCUUGCCUCGAAGAUACUCCCUCUUAUGCCACCGAGAACCCCGUAGCCCUUCCUGGGGUGACGGUCCCUUUCGUAACCAAGUGGAUCGACUACUCCAACAAAUACGGCUUCGGCUUCCAGCUGUCCGACCACAGCGUGGGCGUCCUCUUUAACGACACCACGCGCUUUGGUCUCUCAGCCGAUCGCACGCGCAUCGAGUACCACGACACCUCGGGGAAACUCACGGUGCACGACGCCUCGGCACUGCCAACCUUCCUCCAGGAGAGGUACUCUCUGCUCAAGUAUUUUGCUCACUACAUGGACGAAAACCUCACUGAGGGAGGUGACGUGGUCCAACCCGCCGACGCCGCCAAGAAGAAGAAGUGCAUUCCCUUCAUGAAGCGCUGGGUGCGCACAGCCCACGCCAUAGUCAUGCAGCUGAGCUGCACCACCUUGCAGGUGAACUUCUUCAAGGACCACACCAAGCUGGUGAUCAAUGCGGACCGCCACCAGCACCCCGUCCUCCUCUACAUCGACGAAGAGCGCCGCGCGGCUGCGUACGCCCUCGCAGACGUUGCUCGCGACGGCUGCGACGACUCGCUUCGCGGUCGCCUGCAGUUUGCGCUGUCUGCCCUCGGAGAGUUUGUCGAAGUGGAGCUGAAGGAAGGCGCCUGACGCGUCAGCUCGUCGUCUGCCACGUUGGCUCGUUAUCUGCAACUUUGGCACGUCGUCUGCAACGGCGCUAGUCCACCAGCAUGCGCUCCAGCUGAAGAAAAGGCGUCACCUGCUCAGAGACGAAGCACAUCGAGGUUCCGAGGUUCGUAUUGGAACGUCGUGAACUGUUUCGAACGUGCUCAAGACCAUCGGACAUUUCCUCGAGGAGAGCGCAGAUGCGAGACGUCAAGCUGUUGACGAACGAUUUGCGUGUGUUUAGGAAGUGGCUGCCGUAGACCGGCGCAACUUUUUUUUGUUAAGCCAUUGCAUUUUCUCUCGAGAUAAUCUAACUCAAAUGCUAUAUAUAGUAUAUAUAUAUAUAUAUAUACAAAUGUUGAAGGUUGGGCCGCGUGACAGCGCAUCUUUGCGCGUGCCUAGACUGUUGACUGUCUCGCCUGUUUGGGAAUUCUGAUUCGCAGCGAGCAAAAAACCCGUCGGCAACGCACGGAGAGACAGGUUCUCCUCGGGAAUGGCAUCGCGGCGUGCCAUUGCGCCUCAUUCCGCGUUACAUUCAGUGUCAUUUUAUUUAUGCUCGCGAAAUGAUCUCUCGUAGUUAACAAUCCGAAGCAGCUAGACACGCACUUGAAGUCUGUUUGUGAUCCGACCCGCAUAUCGACUCUGAUUUUUUACGUGAGGGAAGUCAGACGCUCGAAACUGCAUAAUACUAGGUUGGACAAGACUCGCCAAUCAUGCGACAUUUGCCGUUAGAAGCAGUGCUCGGUUAUUGGUUCGUCGCGCAGCUACUCAGCGUGCUGCCGUCAACCAAUAGACCUCGCUUCACCGAGCCGUAGCCCCUCGUGUAGCUAACUCAUGCAACCUCACAGGCUCACUUCCCCGCAUCACACGCUCGGUUCGAAGACACCUUUUGUACGGAUUUUUUCGUUUGUUUUCCGUGAAUCGCAUCACCGACUCUCGGUACGCACGUUGUGCGGGGCAUUAUGCAAAUGCUAAUCUUGUACAUACAUGCUUUUGUUUACAACUUUCGCACUGCCAUUUUAGAGCGAACCUCCCAAUAAUUGUUUUACUAGUUUCUCUCUUUUGCGUUUCUGCGUAAUCCAAAUGGACCGGACGUCGCGUCGAGGCUCACCUGCAGCAGACGUCGAAACUUCGUCGUGCUUCCAUGCCGAAGGAAAAAGAAGUCAGCCUACCAAAGACAGGAUGCCAAACCCCAAGCACGUUUUCCGCCAAUUACUUCGGUUACUUCCUGUUACCUGCGCGUCUUUGCGGCAAGCGCGAACGGCGCCUCGGCGGUUCGUUUUGUGCGCUUCAAAAAGUGCGCCAGUUUAGAAGUGCCCCAUGCACUCUGUGUCUAGUUGCAUUCCGAGACUCGCUUCAACAUCAUUUUUGACGGGACCCAGUAUUUUGGACGGGCAUUGCCCCAUUGUCCCAGUCACUGAUAUUGGUGCGGCUCCAAAAAUUAAUGCAUUGUAUUCAGCGCAUUGUAGAUGAAACAAAGCUGGUGCUUGCCUUGUAUGUGGUACACUUGCCGAAAUCUGCAUCAUUAGUUCAACCUUUUGUCUUGGUAACUUUUUUUACAAUUGCGUAUUGGCACGGUUAGAGCUGCCAGUGAGGACCCGUAACCGAAACUUGUCCACGCAUACACCACGGCGCUGUCUCAGUACUGGAAAUAGCGUUGACCUCGCUGAUGCAAUGUUCACUUUGCUUUAUAUUGGUGAUGCAGUGCUGUGGCAAUACUAAGUUGCCUUCCAGUCAGCGCUUAUCAGCGCUGUUCCAAGUGUUGAUUUAGCGGUGCGAUGCAUGUGUGAACAGGCAGAGGCCAGAUGCUUAGUCGGAGGCACAGCGUGGACAUGCAAUCGCGGGUUUUCCCCGUUUUUCUAGCAUGGCUGGAAGACUACCGUUGAAACUGCUAGUGCGACAGAAUGGCCAGAAGCACGUUAUUGGCUCUGGCAACAUAGACUGGUACAAGCAGAAUGCGUCUCUCCUUUAUCACGUCAAUUACUGGAUGGCGAAAACUUCUAUUACCGUAAAUGUCCACUGGUUGUACCGAUUGCAAAACAAGUACCGUUAUAUCCCGAGAUGCCACACCCCCAAAAGGUAACAGACCGCUAAUUUUGAAGGUGCUUUUUUUUUUUUUUUUUUUUUUUCUUCUUUUUUCGAAAACGCCAAAAGAUUGUAGUAAUUACAGGGCCCUAGCCAAUGGUGAUUUUGACAGAAAUGGUGUUACUUAGCCAAGAAGGGAGAUAAGCGAACAUUGCUGACUGAGAAGUUUGGUUUAUUGCCCUUCCAUGCAAUCGCAAGUUUCGCAGGUCACAGAAUCUAAAACUAGCAUUGUUUCUACUUUUUUUAUUGCACAUUGAAAGUUAGCUUGCUCCUUAUUUUAGCCCGAUUUGCUUUCGAUUUUAGGUGGGCUAUCUCGGGAUACUACGGUAGAUCCUCUCUGACCACGUGUCUGGUCUCCAGUAACAAAUUAUAACCUUGGUUCCCGCUUUGCAACUACUAGGUAAACCUUGUACAGAAUUGUUGGUUUCACAAACAGAGGCACAAACCUGGAAUCUUGCCACAAACGCACUGCAUCGUUCGGCGAUUGCACAUCUGACUCCAAUUCUGUGGAAGCUCGCAGAGUUCAGAUGCAGCCAUCGACCCAGGUUAAAGAUGCCAGGUGACAAUGUCAAAGCAUUUGCCGUUCGUUGCGUGGUAUCGUACAUUACAAAUGGCAAGCACUGCCACGCGCCAUUUGUCGUGGUACAUGGAGAACGACUGUAUAGUCAUACAUAUCAAUCACGCGUGCCGGCACAACAAUGACGAGCGCGAAGGGCCGACGGUCGCCAUCGAUUAGGGAGCACCCCAUUGCAUUCUUUUUGCUCUGUGUGUAUUCAAUAAAAAGAAUGUUUUCUCUGAA